CGUCGUGGCUUUCGCUUCGAGGCAUCGAGCUUUGGUGGAUGUUGAACCAGACACCACUACCCUAUAACACCUUGAAAGAAAUGGCAGCCAACCAACAUCCACAACAGGCACUGCAGCAAGCAGCAAAGCCCUACUCAACAGUCAUCGUCGACAUUGAAGGCACAACCACGCCCAUCACCUUCGUCCACGACGUCCUAUUUCCCUAUGUGCUCACGAACCUCGAACCAUUCCUUGCCGAAAACUGGGAGUUAGAGGAAUGCCAAGCAAAAACUCAGCAGAUCUACGAACAGUCACUUGAAGACAGUGCGUUAGCCCAAGUCCCGGUCUUGAACCCCAAAGAGCACCCCGCGGGUGCAGUUCGUCACUCGGUUGUGGAGAAUGUACGGUGGCAGAUGUCUGCGGAUAGGAAGACGGGUCCGUUGAAGUCGUUGCAGGGCUACAUGUGGAGAUCAGCAUACGAAACCGGAAAAAUCAAAGGAUCCGUAUACGAUGACGUCGUUCCGGCGUUCGAGGCUUGGAAGCAGAAGGGGUUGGACAUCUAUGUCUAUUCCUCCGGGAGCGUUGAGGCGCAGAAGCUGCUGUUUGGAUGGUCGGAGAAGGGUGACUUGUUGAAAUUUUUCAAGGGCCAUUUCGAUACGAACAUUGGCAUGAAGGUCGAGGCUAGUAGCUACACCAAGAUCGCCUCUGAAAUAAGCAAAGACCCUGCUACGAUACUGUUCCUGAGUGAUAACGUUCGAGAAAUCGAAGCAGCCAUCACCGCCGGCUUCCAAGCAUCCAUCGUAGAUCGACCCGGAAACGCCCCACUACCAUCCGAAGUCGAAACCGCAGCGGACGGCGCUCACUCUAUCACCUUGGGCGGGCGUUCCGUCUCCGUGAUCAAAACCUUCGACGAGCUCUUCUCGCACCCCAACUUCAAGCAAACCGCUGAGAAAACGUCGCGAACAGACAGGUUCAACCUCGAAGAUCUGAUACACUUAGAAACGAUGUUUGAGGAGUUUGGGCGGGAAGACGGGUUACGGGACGGUGCGCACGCCGGGUUUGUGGAGGGGCGGGUAGCCGGUGGUGAGGCGGGGUACGGGAUGGCCACUGAGGCGGGGUUCUAUGGCGGGGUCGCGGAGACUUGGCUGGCUGCCGUUGACAAGGGAUUGAUUCAGAUGUCGGAUAGGUGGGUUACUGCUCUUGUUCCGUCAUCAGGGAGUCUGCCGCCGUGACGUCUUAACCUGCUUCUAUUGGCGUAGAGCGCUGAAGGCAUUACAAGCAUUACGGACGCAGUCUUUGGACUUCCCAACCAUCAACAACAUCGACCCUGUAGCCGGCCCGGAUCCCACGACGGUGCUGGAUCGUUUAAGAGGUCGGUUCAAGGUGGUCAGCUCCGCGCUCGGGCCUGAUGCUGCAGGACAGCGGUUCAAGGCUGAGGGCGAUGAGAAGCCGAAGAUGAAUUUCUAGAUGAGACCCCCGUCCUUCUGCAGAGGGAAGAGACGCGAUAGACUGAGCUUCGUUGGUAAACGUAGUUUCAGACAUUUGCAUUAGAGCUAGU